AUGGCUUAUUCGGCUUUCUCGAGGCUAGUUAACCUCCAAAGACACUUCAAUCCCGUUGACUCAAGGAAGAAGGGUGGUGAUGAUAAUGUUGGUGUAGGGAUGAUAAAGAUAUCCCCGGAAGUUUCUGAAGCUUUAUCGUGCGGCAGAGGAGUUGUCGCACUUGAGUCCACCAUAAUUGCUCAUGGAAUGCCCUAUCCUCAAAAUCUGGAGACAGCUAAACAAGUGGAGGCAAUUGUGAGGGAGAAUGGAGCUGUGCCUGCUACUGUCGCCAUUUUAGAUGGCUUGCCUUGCUUCAGAGCUAAUGUUUCAAGACUGUUUUUACUUGUAGGUCUGAGUAUGGAAGAACUUGAGAGGCUGGCUAGUCUGGGAAGCAAGGCUCAAAAGACAGCUCGCAGGGACAUUGUGCAUGUCGUGGCUACCAGAGGGAACGGUGCAACUACUGUAUCUGCAACUAUGAUAUUUGCUUCUAUGGUUGGUAUCCCUAUAUUUGUUACUGGAGGUAUUGGAGGAGUGCAUCGACACGGAGAGAAUACAAUGGAUAUAUCUUCUGAUCUUACUGAGCUUGGAAGAACUCCUGUUGCUGUAAUCUCUGCUGGUGUAAAAUCAAUACUAGAUAUUCCCAGAACGCUCGAGUAUCUGGAAACUCAGGGUGUUUGUAUUGCUGCUUAUAACACUGAUGAGUUCCCUGCAUUUUUCACUGAAGCAAGUGGCUACAAGGCACCUUGCCGAGUAGAUACACCAGAAGACUGUGCUUGGCUAAUUGCUGCAAACAUAAAACUCAAGCUCAAAACUGGUAUUUUGAUAGCAGUCCCUAUUCCAAAAGAGCAUUCUGCUUCAGGAAGUGUAAUUGAGUCUGCAAUACAAAGAGCCCUUACAGAAGCUCGCAAUAAGGGCAUAACAGGCAAUGCUGAAACCCCAUUCUUGCUUGCUAGAGUGAAUGAACUAACUGGAGGAGCCUCUCUGGCUUCAAACAUUGCUCUCAUUAAAAAUAAUGCGCUUGUUGGUGCUAAGAUUGCUGUCUCCCUUGCUCAGAUCCAAUAAUGCUAGUUAUGCAGGAAGGGGAGAAAUGAAAGUAAAAGACUUGGUUGAACUUUCGUCUGGCUGCAACCCCUGGAUAACACAUAAAUAUUCAUUGUGAAGAUGGUACCACGUCAUCCCGAAUACGUGGUGAUCCUGUUUCAGAAUGUUAGGCUGUGCCCUGCAUCGUGCUGAUAUAUAUGUGGUGCUGACAUUCCAAGGCUUACUUACUGGAAAAUAACAAUCAAUGGCUCCAUUAACCAUCAGGGAUUAAGGUAAGACCAUGUUACUGGAAAAAAAAUUUUUGGUAUCGUAUCAAAUUUGCAAUUCUUAGUACAAUUUACUACUUUGUGGUUCAUUUUAAAACAAAAUGGGGGUGUUUGUGAUAUUUUUUUUGGUUGUAAUUGGACACAAAUCAAUUGCA